CUGCCUGGCCGAUCGCUCCUGAAUUCCCAUCCUCCCCCCCCCACCAGCCCCAUCGCUCUCCCCGUCGCCCCCUCCCCUCUUCCCUGUCACACUCUCUCGGCCCCCCUCGCUCGGCUUCUCAUUUGCUUGCUCAUCUCCAAACGUGGAUCCGCUGCUCCCGGAGGAGCCCAGCGCCGGGAUCCCGAGCGCACCGAGCACCUGGAGUCCGGCCGGCGGCGGCCCGAGCCUGGCCAGCGGCGGCGGCGGCUGAGACAGAGGCGGCGACAGCCCAGGGAACGGUAGCAGGGACCGCAGACACCGCGGGAGCCCCAGCGGCAGCGGCCGCGGCCGAGAUGUCCCGGCGAAAGCAGAGCAAACCCCGGCAGAUCAAACGGCCGCUGGAAGAUGCCAUUGAGGAUGAAGAUGAAGAGUAUCCAUCAGAGGAGGCUGAAGGCAUCGCCAAAGGGGACUUUCCACUGGAGGAAAGUUUCCCACCAGACUUUGGGCCAGAAAAUCUGAGCUGUGAAGAAGUGGAGUUCUUUUGUAACAAAGGUGAUGAUGAAGGUACCCCGCAGCCAGCAGAAUCGGAUGGGGACAGCCAUUCUGACAAACCCGGACAGCCUGGAGUAGACACAGAUGACUGGGAUGGGCCAGAGAGGAAGAACCACACAGGUAGGAGCCGUCAACCUGAGAGCCAGUAUGUGGGGCUUACUUCUUCUCAUCUUGCUUUCUAA